UUUUUGUGAUGAUAGAGGAGUAUAAUAAGACGAUGCCCGCGCCGUGGGUAUUGAGAGAGAAUGGUUGAUUGUAUGAAGAGAAUCUGCAGCUGAUUUUUCAAGUUGGUGACGAAACUUGAGUAGCAGACCUUCCAGAUUCCACAAGGCCCUCACCGUACACCAGACUCAUUCACUUCGCGCGUAAAGACUCUGCGAAUAACAUAAUCAUAGCCAUGACGGGCAACAAAGUCGGCCGCGGCUUCGCAAAGGCCGUUGGUAUCGACGUCGACCAACGGUACAAGGCUGAGCCGUCUGCCCUUCUCGACUCUGCGACGGCCAGCCUCCAGUCCCGAUCAAUCGAUCCUUAUUACGAGACAGAGCCCACAGUAAAGGAGUAUCUCCUUGAACACAGACCAACCCUGUCUGGCUUUAUCCGAUACGUUCGAAGCUUGUUCCCGUUUCUUGACUGGAUCUUCCAUUAUAACACGACAUGGCUAUUUGGUGACCUCAUUGCCGGUAUCACAGUAGGAUUUGUCGUUGUUCCGCAAGGAAUGGCCUAUGCCCUGCUAGCCGGAUUAAAGCCUGAAUAUGGUCUUUAUACUUCCUUCGUUGGUUUCAUAUUGUACUUCUUGUUCGCUACGUCGAAGGAUAUCACAAUCGGAACGGUAGCUGUCAUGUCGACGCUUGUUGGGCGAAUUGUCGCUCGUGUCACGGAGGCGCACCCCGAAUUUGCGCCAGAAGAGAUUGCACGAGCCCUCAGCGUCAUCGCCGGCUCAGUUUUGCUCUUCAUUGGUCUCGUCCGCCUUGGCUGGCUUGUCGAAUUCAUCCCUCUUAUCGGUAUCUGUUCUUUUAUGACUGGUGCUGCUAUUAGCAUUGCUGCCGGUCAGGUUCCCAAGUUACUCGGCGUCAGCGGUGUAAACACUCGUGACUCGACUUAUCUGGUCAUUAUCAACACACUGCGCGCGCUGCCAACAGCUAAGAUUGACGCUGCCCUGGGUUUAACGACCCUGUUUAUGCUCUAUUUCCUCAAGUGGUUUACCAACUACAUGGCGCAGCGACAACCCAACCGCAAGAAGAUGUGGUUCUUCAUCGGAACUCUUCGACUGGCUUUCGUCAUCCUGCUUUACAUUCUCAUCAGCUGGCUCUCGAACCGCAGUGUAACUGACUCGAAGAAGGCAAGAUUCGCUAUCCUUGGAACUGUUCCGAGUGGUUUUCGAGUCCAUGGUGCACCGAAGAUCAGCAAGGAGUUGAUCUCUGCAUUUGCUCCAGAUAUCCCGGCAACCAUCUUCGUGCUCAUCAUUGAGCACAUUGCCAUUUCAAAAUCAUUUGGCAGACUGAACAACUACGUUAUCAACCCGUCCCAGGAACUCGUCGCUGUCGGUUUUACCAACGUGCUUGGGCCUUUCCUUGGUGCAUACCCUGCCACAGGCUCCUUUUCGCGCACGGCGAUUAAGUCCAAAGCCGGCGUCAGGACGCCUCUUGCUGGUCUGUGGACUGCUCUCCUAGUCGUCUUGGCCCUGUACGCACUUACCAAAGUCUUCUUUUACAUCCCCAUGGCUUCUCUCUCGGGCCUCAUCAUCCACGCAGUCGGCGACCUCGUUACACCACCAUCAACCGUGUACCAGUUCUGGCAGGUCUCGCCCAUUGAAGUAGUGAUCUUCUUUGCCUGUGUCCUCAUCAUGGUGUUCACAGACAUUGAAACCGGGAUCUACUUUGUGGUCGCCGCGUCAGCCGCGCUGCUGUUGCUUCGCCUCGCCAAGGCGCACGGAAGUUUCCUCGGCAAGGUCGAUGUGUACCGUGUAUCAAGCAAUACAAAUGAGGGAGGCGAGGCGGCGGCUGUAACGACCAAACGAGAGACGUUCCUCCCGCUCGAACGCAGAGAUGGCUCGAACACGAGCAUCGCUGUCCGCAACCCCUAUCCUGGCAUCUUUGUCUACCGCUUUAGCGAAGGCUUCAACUACACGAACACGUCACAUUACAUGGAUGAGCUAGUCGCGUACAUUCAAAAACAUACACGCCCUACCACGGUCGAUCGCUUUGAAAAACUAGGUGAUCGUCCCUGGAACAACCCCGGCCCCCGUCGCGGGAAAGUAAUCGACACUGCAGACGAUCUCCCCACCCUCCGCGCCCUCAUCCUAGACUUCUCCUCCGUGAAUAACAUCGACGUGACAUCAAUUCAAGGCCUGAUCGACACGAGAACGCAGCUCGACUACCACACGUACCCAGACCGUGCAGAGUGGCACGUCGCCAACGUGAGCAACCGCUGGACGCGUCGCGCUUUGGCCGCCUCGGGCUUUGGCUUCCCGCGCGUUUCAGCCGACGCCCCUGCAGAAAGUACCAUCUGGCGCCCGAUCUUCAGUGUGGCUUGCUCUGAGGGUUUACAUAAUUCCGAGAAGGAGAGGGCGGUGGUGUCGCACAAAGACGUCGAGACGGGCUCUGCGGAUGGGAUAUCCUCGUGCAGUCGGGAUGGCACUAUCAGGGUGCCGGAGAAUCUGGCUUCCUUGCAAAGCGUUAAUCGCCCAUACUUCCAUCUAGAUGUUGCGUCUGCCGUAGAGACGGCGACCGGGAAUAUAGAGGGACGUCUCGUCCAGGAGAAAUUGGCGUAGGUGCGUCAUGAUUUGUAUUUCGGUUGGAUGUUCAUAGCGUUCGUUGAAAGUAUAGUAUACCAUGCCCUGAGAGAUUUCUUCUGAUUAUUCGAUUCGAAAUAUACAUAAUACGUUCAUUUAUGAAAGUGUUAUUAGUCUCAGUGUUUCGUAAAGCAUUCGCAUGAUGUUGGAAUAGUGUCUAUAACAGUAGCAGUCGCCAUUUCGGAGGAUCGCUAGCCACUAGUUGAUGGAAAUGAUGCAAGUUCACAGGAAAAACUGGUGAUAACGAGGAAACUGCCUUUAUGGCCUAUUUUUGGCCUUUUGAUGCAUGUGCAGAUUUAAGA